AGACGGCCCUCUCCUAACUAGUCGUGGCUUUUCCAAACCCUCCGAGGAGAGCGGGAUCUUUCGGUCCUUCCUGUAUAUCCGACCAUUACAGGAUCUAGAAAUGUCGACGACACUUUUAUCUGCCUUCUACGACAUUGACUUCUUGUGCAAGACGGAGAAGUCCCUGACCAACCUCAGCAGCAUGCUGGACAAGAAAGCCGUGGGGACCCCGGUGACCCCUCCCAGCUCCAGCUUCGCGCCGGGCUUCCUGCGGCGGCACUCGACCAGCAACCUGACGGCGCUGGCCGGCGGUUCCAAGUUCCCCAGCCCUACCGGCUCCAGCUCUUCUUCCACAUCCUCCUCCUCCUCGUCCUCGUCCUCCUCCUCCUCGUUCGGCAAUCUGAAGGAGACGGGCUCCGGCGGAGGCGGCGGCAGCAGCAGCCCCACGGCCCUGCUCAACAAGGAGAACAAGUUCCGGGACCGCUCCUUCAGCGAGAACGGCGAGCGCAGCCAGCACCUCAUGCAGCAGCUUCAGCAGCAGCAGGCGGCCGGCAAGGGGAGCGGCUCCGGCGGCGGCGGCGGGGCCCCCAUCAACUCGACGCGCUACAAGACGGAGCUGUGCCGCCCCUUCGAGGAGAGCGGUGCCUGCAAGUACGGCGAGAAGUGCCAGUUCGCCCACGGCUUCCACGAGCUGCGCAGCCUCACCCGCCACCCCAAGUACAAGACCGAGCUGUGCCGCACCUUCCACACCAUCGGCUUCUGCCCCUACGGCCCGCGCUGCCACUUCAUCCACAACGCCGACGAGCGCCGCCCGGCGCCCGGCGGGGGCACGGCCGCCCCCCCGCCCGCCGCCGCGGCCGGGCCGCACCACCACCCGCACCACGCGGCCCCGCACCCCGCCGGCAGCACCGGCGACCUCCGCGCCUUCGCCCCCCGCGAGCACCCGCUGGGCGGCGGCGGCUUCGGGCACCCGCGCGGCGGCGGCGGCGAGCGGCCCAAGCUGCACCACAGCCUGAGCUUCUCCGGCUUCUCCGCCCACCACCACCACCAUCACCCCCCGCACCCCCACGGCACCGCCCCGCCGCCGCCGCCGCCCGGGGGCCGCCUGGACGCCGCCCUGCUGGAGAGCCCCGGCGGUUCGCGCACGCCGCCGCCGCCCGCCUCCGCCUCCUACUGCGAGGAGCUGCUCUCGCCGCCCUGCGCCAACAACGCCUUCGCCUUCUCGGGCCAGGAGCUGGGCAGCCUCAUCGCCCCCCUCGCCCUCCACACCCAGAACUUCGCCGCUGCCGCCGCCGCGGCCGCGGCCGCCGCCGCCUAUUACCGCUGCCAGCAGCAGCCGCCGCCGCCGCCCGGCGGGGCCUGCCCGCCGCCCCCCGCCUCGCCGCCCUUCAGCUUCCAGCCCCUCCGCCGCCUCUCCGAGUCGCCCGUCUUCGACGCGCCGCCCAGCCCGCCGGACUCGCUCUCCGACCGGGAGAGUUACCUGAGCGGCUCCCUCAGCUCCGGCUCCCUCAGCGGCUCCGAGUCGCCCAGCCUGGACUCGGGCCGCCGCCUGCCCAUCUUCAGCCGCCUCUCCAUCUCCGACGACUGAGGGAGGACGGGGCAGCGGCUGGGGGGGCCCGCGGCGGCCCUGCAAGUAAGUUACCGAGCGAAGAAAGCGAAACCUCUCCUUCCUUCUCUAUUUUUGGUUUUGGUUUUUUUUUAUAUAUCUAUCUAUCCACCGAGAGCUGAACAAAACGAGAAACAAAGCAUUUUGCAAAAGGGCGAAUGACACGAACUGAACAAACCUAUUUU